AAUAUACCCUCGCCACGUCAAGUUCUUUUUGCGUCCCUAUAAUCCCUACGCUGUUCUCGCAUCCCCAAAAUGUUUUCGCCCUUUUCCGAUUACCUAAUCGAUCAUCAAUAAUUUCAUCUCCAUUAACGGUAUAAUUUCCAUGGAGUUCUGGGUUCAUGGUGAUGUUAAUGGUGGCAUAAUGUUGAAUCCGGUCCAAGCAGAGGCUAGUAGUAGCAUGGACAAUGAUAAUGAAACUGGAGAAAAUCCCGUUGAAGGAAUUUUUCAACCGGGUUUGAAUGAAAAGUUGGAUCGAACUUCUCCGCAAAGGGAUGACAUCCCAGAGAUCGUUCUGGCUGAUGAGCCUUACGUCGGUCAGGAGUUUGAAUCUGAGGCAUCUGCACAUGCUUUUUAUAAUGCAUAUGCCACGAGGGUAGGAUUCAUCAUUCGUGUGAGCAAACUUUCCCGUUCGAGGCAUGACGGAUCUGCUAUCGGUAGGGCUCUUGUUUGUAACAAAGAAGGUUUUAGAAUGCCUGACAAACGAGAAAAAAUUAUGAGGCACAGGGCAGAGACGAGGGUCGGAUGCAGGGCAAUGAUUUUGGUGAGGAAAGUAAGUUCUGGUAAAUGGGUUGUCACAAAAUUCGUGAAGGAACACACACAUCCUUUAACGCCCGGAAAAGGUCGAACAGAUUGCAUUUACGAUCAAUAUCCGAAUGAACACGACAAAAUCCGAGAAUUAACACAUCAACUGGCCAUUGAGAAAAAGAGAUCUGCAACCUAUAAAAGACAAUUAGAAUUGAUCUUCGAGCAAAUCGACGAGUGCAACAAAAGUCUGUCAAAGAAGAUCCAACACAUAGUCGACAGUGUUCGGGAAAUCGAAAACAAAUAGCAGCUGAGUCGUGUAUAGUUUCUGUGUAGCUUUUUCAUACAUUGUUGACAACAUAUAGCACCAAAACUGAAACCAAAACCAAGUAUAGCGUUACGAUUUCGGGUAUACACCGGUGUUUAUACGAUUCAGUUUUCAUAGAAAAGCCACAUCUUGAUAUUGUCGUAGGUCUUUGCUAGACUCUAGUUAGUUGUGUUGGAUGCCAAUCCUCGUGCUUUUUAAGGACUAGGAUCAGUCAAUGUACGGUCUUUUGAGGCCAGCCUUGUUCCUUUUUUUUUGGGUAAAUUGCACCUAAGAUCACUAAACUAUUAAUACAUUUACGUUUUGGCUAUUCAACUUCUAAAAGUUACAAAAUGGUCACUGAACUAUUUAAAAGUUUUCAUUUAAGUAAUUAUGUUAUUAAAA